UAUACAACUUCGCCAAAGAAGAUUCACGUGGAAAAACAACGUUUUGCUAUCUAGAAUAAAUCUGAAAAUUUAACUAGAUUCUAGAUUAGAUUAUCUAGAUUUAGUCUAAAUAUGAACAGCCGAUGUUACAUAAAUAUAGAUUCCUUAGAUUCUACUUUGUUCAGUAAAUAAAUAAUAAAAAGAUUUAAAAAUUAUAUUUGAUUUGGCGUAAUUCAACUACAACCAUGGUUAAAGAGCAGUUUCGUGAAACUGAUAUUGCAAAAAAAAUUAGUCAUGUGACAUUUGGGUUUAUGAGCCCUGAGCAGAUGCAGAGGGCAAGUCAUCUGCAUGUUGUCAACAAGACUUUAUACAGCCAAGAUGCUAAGAAUAAACCAUGCCCUAAUGGUGUGUUGGACCACAGAAUGGGUACCAGUGAAAAAGAUAACAAUUGUGACACAUGUGGGAAAGUCUUAGCAGACUGUGUUGGACAUUUUGGAUACAUAGAUUUGGAAUUGCCUGUAUAUCACGUUGGACACUUCCGUACUACUAUCACAGUUUUGCAAAUGAUUUGCAAGUCGUGCAGUGCCAUACUAUUGUCUCAGGAGCAGAAAGAUGCAUUUCAUCGUGCAUUGAAGAAACCUAAUCUUAGCUAUCUGCAGAAGAAAGCACUUCGUAAACGUAUUUAUGAUGCCUGUCGCAAAGUCAAGACAUGCCUUAUUUGUGGUGAUCAUAAUGGAAUGGUAAAAAAAGUUGGUUUGUUUAGGAUAGCCCAUGAUCGAUCUCAACAAGGCAGGAAAUCAGAAGCCAUAUUAAAGGAAAGAGUUGAAGCAUUUGACUCAGCUGUGAAAGCAAAUUCUGAAAUAUCUACCCUGAUGAACAAAAAUUAUGAUGUGCUGAAUCCAAUUAUUGUACAUGAGUUGUUUAAAAGAAUUGAAGAUUGCGAUAUUCCAUUGCUAUUGAUGAAUCCUGAAGUUGGUCGACCUGAAGAUUUGAUUCUGACACGCAUAUUUGUACCGCCUAUUUGCAUUAGACCAUCUGUGGUUUCUGAUUUGAAGUCAGGGACCAAUGAGGAUGAUAUAACAAUGAAGUUAACUGAAAUUAUGAUGGUGAAUGAGAUAAUUCAAAGACUGAGAGCAACCGGAGCCAAAAUGCAGAUGUAUAUGGAGGACUGGGAUUAUGUUCAACUUCAUGUUGCUCUGCUUUACAACUCUGAGACAUCAGGCAUACCUUUGAGCAUGCAACCCAAGAAAAAAACCAGGGGCUUUGUACAAAGGCUCAAGGGAAAACAAGGACGUUUUAGGGGAAAUUUGUCUGGGAAACGUGUGGAUUUCUCUGGAAGAACUGUCAUCUCCCCAGAUCCAAAUAUGCGCAUUGAUCAAGUUGCUGUGCCUAUCCAUGUUGCUAAAACCAUGACGUAUCCAGAGAAAGUCUGUCCAGCCAAUCUGGCACUGAUGCAGCAGCUUGUCAGGAAUGGCUGUGAUGUACAUCCAGGUGCUAAUUUUAUCAAGAUUCAGUCAACUGGUGAGCGCAAAUUUUUGCGCUAUGGCAAUCGUAAUCACAUAGCAAAUAGCUUGAGAUAUGGCGAUCUGGUAGAGAGGCAUAUGAUUGAUGGCGAUGUUGUUCUAUUCAACAGACAGCCAUCUUUACAUAAACUCAGUAUUCAAGCUUUUUAUGCAAAGGUGAUGCCCAAUAGAACCUUUAGAUUUAAUGAAUGCUGCUGUGGUCCUUUUGGUGCAGAUUUUGAUGGGGAUGAAAUGAACCUUCACCUUCCACAAACAGAGGAGGCUAAAGCAGAGGCUAUUACUUUGAUGGGCUCUAAAUCUAAUAUUAUAACACCAAGGAACGGGGAACCUUUGAUAGCAGCUAUUCAAGAUUUCAUUACAGGAGCUUAUCUGAUGACACAGAAAGAUGUUUUCUUUGAUCGCAACCGAGCAUGUCAGCUGAUAGCCUCCAUGUUGGUUGGUAAAGAUGCCAACAUGAAAAUAGACCUCCCCCCUCCUGCCAUCUGGAAACCGUGUAAGCUUUGGACUGGGAAACAAGUGUUUUCUCUGCUGAUGAGACCUAACAAAGAAUGCCCAGUUAUGGUGAAUCUAAGAACCAAAGGAAAAAACUACACCAAGAAUGAGGACUUGUGCUCCAACGACUCAUUUGUUGUUAUCCACAACAGUGAGAUCAUGUGUGGCUAUUUAGAUAAAGCCACCCUUGGGUCUGGCUCAAAAAAGACCAUCUUUUAUCUGAUCUUACGGGACUAUGGUGAGGUGGCUGGUGCUGAUGCCCUGUCUAGGCUGGCUAGGAUUAGCCCAGCAUUUCUCUCUCACCAUGGGUUUUCUAUAGGAAUUGGUGACGUCACACCUGGAGAAGGUCUAAUAAAAAAGAAACAAGAUUUACUGGACAAGGGCUAUUCAACAUGUGAUGGCUACAUCAGAGAUCUAGAGGAAGGAAGACUACAGCCUCAACCUGGGUGUUCAGAAGAUGAAACAUUAGAGGCUAAAAUUCUUAAAGAACUGUCUGUGAUCAGAGACCAUGCGGGAGAAGUUUGUUUGACUGAGCUGCACAAAACAAACAGUCCAUUGAACAUGGCCAUUUGUGGCUCUAAAGGUUCUUUCAUCAACAUAUCUCAGAUGAUUGCUUGUGUGGGACAGCAGGCUAUAAGUGGCAAGCGAGUCCCUAAUGGAUUUGAAGAUCGAGCUUUGCCCCACUUCCCACGCUUCUCUAAAGAUCCAGCAGCUCGUGGAUUUGUUUCUAACAGCUUUUAUACAGGCCUGACGCCCACAGAGUUUUUCUUCCACACCAUGGCUGGCAGAGAGGGUCUGGUGGACACGGCUGUCAAAACUGCUGAGACUGGCUACAUGCAGAGAAGAUUGGUCAAGUCUCUAGAAGAUCUUUGUUUACAGUAUGAUUCAACUGUUCGCACCUCUGUUGGGGAGGUUGUCCAGUUUGUGUAUGGGGAGGACAGCCUUGACCCUGCAGCUAUGGAAGGCAGCGACCAGCCAGUUGAAUACAACCGGCUUAUGGUUCACAUCAAAGCUAUUCUUGCCUCUCAGUGCAGGACUGAGCCAACACUGACUGGAGAGCAGGUUUUGACACAAGUGAAAGACAUCCUUGAGAUGCCCUGCUGGGAGAAAGUCAACACAAGGUUUAAGAAAGACAUCACUGAUUUCUUUUACAACAUGGCCAAAAACAUCAACCAGACACGCUCUCAGUAUGGUGUUGAUAGACACGCUGGCCACAGGUCAUCUGUUCUGGCCCAGCUGAACCGUCUGACCUGCUCGCAGGUGUCCAGGUUCAUGGAGGUGUGUCUACACAAGUACAACAAGGCUCUGAUAGAGCCAGGUGAGGCCGUGGGUGCCAUCUGUGCCCAGUCUAUUGGGGAGCCCGGCACCCAGAUGACCCUGAAAACUUUCCACUUUGCUGGUGUAGCCAGCAUGAACAUCACCCAGGGAGUUCCCCGCAUCAAAGAAAUCAUCAACGCCAGUAAAACCAUCUCAACACCCAUCAUCACAGCCCAGCUAGAGAACGGCCACGAUGAGGAGUUUGCUCGUCUAGUCAAAGGCCGGAUUGAGCGCACAAGGUUGGGAGAGAUCUCUGAGUACCUGGAGGAAGUCUACAUACCUGACGACUGUUUUAUACUGGUCAAGCUGGACUUACACAGGAUUAGGCUGUUAAAGCUGGAAGUCUCGCCUGAGUCCAUUGCCUCUUGUAUUGUCAACUCCAAGCUUAAGGUCAAAUACCCUGACAUUAAAAUCCACAGUGAAUCUGUUUUCUCCAUCUCAGCCAAUGCCUCGUCUAAAGUCUCUAUGUACUACAGACUUCAGACCUUGAAGAAAGCUCUGCCUGACAUCACAGUCAGGGGAAUCCCCUCAGUCUCCAGAGCUGUCAUCCACAAGGAUGACAAGACAGACAGGUACGAACUGUUGAUUGAGGGGGACAACCUGAGUGGGGUCAUGGCCACCCAGGGGGUGCACGGGGCCAAGUGCAAGUCCAACAACACCCACGAGGUCUGGCAGACCCUGGGCAUAGAAGCCGCUCGCACUACCAUCAUGACUGAAGUGACAGUCACCAUGGAGAGUCACGGGAUGAGCAUUGAUGCCAGACACACCAUGCUGCUGGCUGACCUGAUGACCUACAGGGGUGAGGUGCUGGGUAUUACCAGGUACGGGCUGGCUAAAAUGAAAGAGUCCGUCCUGAUGCUGGCGUCUUUUGAAAAAACAGCUGAACAUUUAUUCCAGGCAGCUUACUUUGGCCAGAGAGAUGCCAUCUGUGGGGUCAGUGAGUGCAUCAUCAUGGGCAUACCCAUGAACCUUGGAACUGGUGUGUUUAAACUUCUCUACAAAGCAGAAAACCCACCAGUUAUCUCCCCUCGUCCCCUACUCAUUGACUUCAGAGCCCCAGAAUUUUCUGUCUGAUGUAGUGUAGUAGUUUAGUUUGUUGUCAAGUUGAUUGAUUAGCUUGUGAUGUUUACAGGUUAACUUAAUGAUGUUUAUGUUAGCUCAAUUAAAUCAAUG